AUGCACCGCCACCUGUCCCGCCGCCGUUCACCCACCGUGCAGCCCGAGGAAGCCCAUCGCGGGCCCGCCCAGGCCCAGAUCCGCCGCCGCCACCCGGAUCCAGCCCCGCCGCCCGUCUUCACCGAUGCCGCCCGCGCCAUCGCCGGUGCCCCACCGCCGCGACCUCGCCGCCCGGCGCCGGUGAGCUCCUCCGCCCCGGCCGCCGCCUAUCCAGCGCCUCCCGCCGCCGGCCUCGUCUCCACGCCGCCCUGGGCCGGGGACCGGCUCGAUCCGGGGAGCCGCCGACCGGAUCCGUUCCGCCCCUCGCCGGCGCCUCGUCCCCGCCGCCCGCCAUCAUCGCCGUCUGCCGCCGGCGUGCCUCGCCUCGGCCUCGUCGGGAGGAUAAUUGUUCACUACAAAAGUGACUUAUACGGCGGGUGCGGGGUGUACGCUAGCAAUAUUCUGCACCGGCGUUCGCCCAUGUUGUGCUGCUGA